AUGGCACACCCUAGUGACAGCGCAACUUGGAAGCACCUCGAUUGUCGGUUUCCAAAGUUUGCUUCUGAGCCUCGUAAUGUGAGACUUGGCUUGUGUACAAAUGGUUUUUCUCCUCAUGAGGAGUUGAAACUGUUGUGGGAAGUUGGCGCGGCUACUUAUGAUAUUUCGAAGAAACAUAAUUUCAAUCUUCGAGCAGCCAUCCUAUGGACCGUUAGUGACUUCCCGGCUUAUGGCAUGUUGUCUGGUUGGGCCACGGCUGGUAAGAAAGCUUGUCCACAUUGCAUGGAGAAGACCAAAGCAUUUUGGCUUGAACAUGGUGGUAAAGUUUCUUGGUUUGAUUGCCACCGGCAAUUCCUCCCGACAGAUCACCCUUUUCGGAACAGUAAAACAACAUUCUGUAAAAACAAAGUAGAGAAAGGAGCCCCUUCACACAUCAUGUCAGGAGAGGAGCUGUGGGAAUGUGUUAAGGACCUUCCAAAGGCUACAGAUGGACCCGAUUCAAUUAAAAGGCUGAAAAAUGAAAAGAAAGGGUGGUUCAAGCAAAGCACCUUGUGGGAGCUCCCAUAUUGGAAGCAUCUCCUCAUUCGUCACAACUUAGAUGUCAUGCACAUUGAGAAGAACUUGUUUGAUCAGUUAAUUCACACUGUAAUGGAUGUGAAAAAGCUUACGUGUGACACGCCUUCAGCUCGGAAUGACAUUGCUAAAUAUUGUAAACGUCCCCAGCUUCAUCUUCAAGAGGAUGAUAGAGGAAAAGAGGUAAUGCCAAAGGCUCCAUUUGCUCUUGACAAGGCUCAGAGAAAAGUUUUGUGUGAGUGGGUUAAACAGCUGCGGUUCCUUGAUGGUUACGCCUCCAAUUUGAGCAGAUGCGUAGAUUUGCAAGCGUGUAAGCUCUAUGGAAUGAAAAGCCAUGACUGUCACGUGUUCAUGGAGAGGAUGUUGCCCACCGCUUUGAGGGAAUUGCUCCCUGGCCAUAUUUGUAAUGCAAUUACAGAGAUCAGCCAAUUCUUCCGCGACUUGUGUUGCUAUACAACAUCAGUUAGUGACAUGGAGCGAUUGGAGAAAAACAUACCUGAGAUCCUCUGCAAGCUUGAGAAGAUCUUCCCUCCUGCAUUCUUUAACUCCAUGCAGCAUUUGCCUACACAUUUGCUGUACGAGGGGAAGUUAUGUGGUCCUAUACAAUACAGGUGGAUGUAUCCCUUCGAAAGGUUCCUCAAUCAUUUGAAACGGAAAAUCGGGAACAAGGCUCGAGUUGAAGGGUCCAUAUGCAAUGCUUAUCUCACUGAAGAGAUAGCAAACUUCUGCUCCAAUUACUUUCAGUCGACAGUUGACACUAAAACUCGAGAUCUUGGUCGAAAUGUGAAUGCCGACGUUGAGUCCACAUCGGACGAUGCUGAAAUACCAAAGUUGUUCAAAGAGGACAGUGGUCGUGUGUCAAAUGAGGGUAGAACUCGGUUCUUAGAUGACAAAGAACUCGAGUGUGCACAUUUGUUCGUAUUAAGAAACACUGGCAUUCUUGGCGAAUACGAAAGGAAGUUUGAGAACUACAUUCUUAGUACUCGACCUUUCCUGCAUAGAGAAGAUGUCAUGGAGAAUUUCGAAACUGAAUUCUCUUAUUGGUUUCAUCACAAGGUGGUCGAAGAGAAGCCAAAUUCGGAUGUCCUGCGAGCGUUGUGCAUGCGUCCCUUUAGGGGAAUGAACAUACACGAACAAUACAAGCUAAUCGAAGUAAAUCAUACUAAGAAAUACCCCAAAUAUGAUCCAUUUGUUUUAUCUUACCAAGUGGCUCAAGUGUACUACGCAUCAUACCCUAGCCUGAAACGAGACCGAGUUCAAUGGUGGUCUGUGUUUAAAACACAUGCAAGGUCAGUGGUUGAUGUUCCGGUGGACUUAGUGUUUCUGCAAUCACCAUCCACAACAUUACAUGCAACGCUUUGCCCGCCGAGUGACAUUCCAGACUACGCCAUGGAUGAUGAUGAUGAAGACGAUGGCUUUGUGAUCUCAAGCGAUGAAGACGAUGAAUCUAGUAUCGGCUCUAGUGAUAGUGACGAUGAUGAUGCCAUUGAUGUAGUAUUAGAUGAUAGUAGUGAUGACUCUAGUAGUGAAAGUAGUGAUGAGAGUACCGAAUAG